AACAAACCCAACAAACUAAAUCUGUGCUCUUCACUCUUAGCUUCAGAACACUUUGAAAAAGGAAAAUGAAGGCGGCUCUCAUAUUCAUCUUUCUCUGGGGUCUCAGCAGUGCAUUUUAUAUAAACCGCUUCCAACAGAAAUGGAAAGGGGAUGAUUCUGAAGAAAAAGGGGCAAUAAGAAAUAGAUAUAGCAAUACCUUUUUCCGAAAUGUUUUCUUCCACGCACCUUCAAAAUACAUAAAUCAUGCUAAGGCAAGUGAUUCUUCAGAGGAAAAUGAGGAUAGCUCUGAUGAGCAGGAGGAAUCAGUGGAUGCUAGCAAAAAUGGAAACAAUACUGCGUCAGAAGAAACAGGAGCAGAGGAAGAGGAAGAGUCUGAAGGUGCCGAAGAGGAGAACGAAGGAACUUCUGCUCCAGAGGUAGAAGAUAGUACUGCAAGCCAGAAUGAGACGACUACUGAUAACGGAGAGCAGUCGAGCACGGCCCAGGAAAGCAGUACUGAAGUACAACCUACACAAGUCGCUACCAUUGAAUCUGCAACUCAGCAACUUGAAGAAACAGCUAGCAUUCCCAAUGAGCUCCCUAACCGUAAUGACUAUGAUAACGUAGGUACUGAGGAAGGUAGCAAUGCAAGCACUGCGCCUGUAUAUGAACCAGAAAGCAACGGGUAUUAUGAUGAACAUGGAUAUUAUUAUCAUGGGAAUGAAGUGGACCCUAGAGGAGUCAAAGGAGAAACUCACGGAAGGUAUGAGGAUGAUUAUCACUACAGAAACCACCUGUAUCAAAUCUACGCCCAACAAUACUAUCAGCAUUAUCAAUAGACAAACCAAUGGAAAUGAACACAUUUCAUGAUGAGUUUUAUGAUGUGUUAAUAUGUUCUUUUUAAUUAUUGAAUUGAGUUUUAGCACUUCGGAAAGAUCCUAAGCUUUCAUCAUACACCAACACUACUCUGUUUAUAUUAAUGUUUUUAUAUUAAUAACUAGCCAUUGGAUCAGUCUAGUCUAAUUGCCCAACUCAGGUAUCUCCCUUUUCUUUCUCUUGACUAUUACUGGUGCCUAUCACUGGAAGUCUGUUUCAGAGGCUAGAAAGCCAU